ACCAACAGAAAAGAAGAACCAAAGAACUGAAGAAAACCACUGAAAAUAGGAAGCUCUUAGCCAACACAAUGAAGUUACUCAUCAUCAUCUCUGUAAUGCUGAGUGUUCUUGUCCCAGCUGGAGCAUCGUCUCACCAUUGGCUGACAAAUCACAAGCUAGGAAGCAAAACAAAAUAUGAACAUAAAGGUUGCAACUGUUUCAAUGGAGGAACGUGCAUCACCUACUACCUCUUUUCUCGAAUGAAACGCUGCUUAUGCCCUGAAGGAUAUAGUGGAGAUCACUGUGAAAUAGAUAAUGAAAGUCCCUGUUAUACUGGCAAUGGGGAAGACUACAGAGGGACUGUGUCAAUGAAUGAAAAUAAUGAAAGAUGCCUGGAUUGGAAUUCUCCUAUGCUGCGGAGAUGGCCUUACAAUGAAGCCAGGCAGGAUGCUAUGGAGCUUGGAUUAGGAAAACACAACUACUGCAGAAAUCCAGAUGGCCGGUCCAAACCAUGGUGUUAUGUUAGGAAAGGAUAUCGAACCUCCGAGACACCAUGUGAUAUACCUACAUGCAUAAAAAAAUCAACAUGUGGCCAGAGGAGCCUCGGCAGGACCUUUAAGAUUGUGGGCGGGCAUAAGGCAGCCAUUGAGUCUCAGCCUUGGAUAGCAACUAUCUUCCAAUCUAGGAAAGGUGGUUACAAUAAUUUCAUUUGUGGUGGUAGUCUGAUCGAUCCAUGCUGGGUCCUUACAGCAGCACAUUGUUUUGAAAGGGGCACCGAUACAUCCAAGUUAACCGUUUUUCUCGGAAAGUCCGCAGUGAAUGUUACUGAUGUAAAGGAGCAAAGAUUUGAUGUUGAUAGGCUUAUCACUCAUGAGAGGUUUUCAGAAAGAAGAGUGGACUACGAUAAUGACAUUGCCCUAAUAAGGAUCAAAUCAUCCACUGGCCAGUGCGCAGAAGAGUCACACGUUGUCAAAACCAUCUGUUUGCCACCUCAAAACUUACAACUGGGUGAAAAUUUUGAAUGUGAAGUUUCUGGCUAUGGAAAAGAAAAUAAGACUGGCAUUUUCUAUUCGAGGAUACUAAAAUCAACUAAUGUGAACUUGAUAUCUCAAUCCAAGUGUCAGAAGUACUAUGAAGGCCACACAGUGAAUGGCAAUAUGCUCUGCGCUGGCGGUCAAGACUGGAAGACUGAUUCAUGCAAAGGAGAUUCUGGUGGUCCCCUCAUCUGUGAGUCCAAUGGCAGGCUGAUGCUAUAUGGUAUAGUCAGCUGGGGCGAAGGCUGUGCUGAAAAAGAAAAGCCAGGAGUCUACACCAGGGUCACAGAGUACAUUCCUUGGAUUGAAUCCCACAUGAAUGGAGUCCAUUUCAAAAGUUACUACCCUCCUAAAUGAGAAUGGAGGCUUUCCUUGAAGCAUGAUGUUGACCAAUAUGCUUAAAUCAUGGCAACUGAGCCAAGUGCAUUGAAACACCAAGUCUUGUCUUGGAGCUGAUGCUUCUUGUUUAGAAGUGACUUUUUCUAAUUCUCAUAGAUUUAAUGGUUAUCACUCACACCAUUUUGUCUGAAGCAGAAUUCUGCAAGCAUCACUGUGAACAACAGAACGACUCUUCUGUGGAAAAAUAGCAACAAUAUCUAACAUUUUGGCAGUCUUUAUAAUCUACAGAUUACAGUAUCAGUAUCAGGAAUCAGUAUUAUACUACACCAGUAGUUUUUCUGAUACAGUUUUAAAAUGAGUUCACAAUGUCUUAACGGUUGGUGCCAUCUUAAAAACGAAACUACCAGUAUCCAUUGCACUCAAUGGGAUUUAAGGGAGCUGUAUAGCCUUAUUACUUUCUAUGAGAGUUAAAUGACCUCAGUUUUCUCUGGAUUGUCAGUGAUCCUGAAAACCUGGAAACAGGUUUGAUGGCAAGUAAAAGGAAAAAUCCUGGAGCAGGAGUGGUUUCUGGGAGUCUGACAGCACCCUAGUAUCUACUAAAAGAAGAGCGAAACAAAUAUUUAGAUACAAGGAACCUUCUUGAAAUAGUUGACUGUCUCAUAAUGUAAAUUGUACUUUUACCCUUUUUAGUUCAUAUCCUUUAAACCAUGGCAGAAGGACAGUUCCAACAUACAUGAAAUUAAGACCGAGAAACUGUGAGUUAUCCAAAGGGCCAGACGAAGAUAUUUUGCCACCUCCAAGUGAUUUUGCCAUUAUCAUCUGAGAGGUUUGCAGCUCUGCUAAGUUACCAAAGCAUCACUUCCAAAUUGCAUGUUGUUUCAUUGGUGUUCCUAAGAACAGACCUUGAAAAAGUUAAGUUUGGGGAUUAAAAUCCCCCUAAUUCCCCAGCUAGUAUGUUCAUUUUUUAAAUUAUGCUUUUCACUCAAAUGCUCAUAGCUUGGAUUGGUUUCACAACAGUGAAGGCAGUUCUACUUGUCCAUGAUAACUCAGUGAGUUCACAUGAAAACAGGGGACUGAGUCUAGAUGCUCCACAUCUGAGUCCCCCAGAAUGUCACUGAGCAGAAUGUCUCUUGGUAAGGGGCACAAGCCACAAGGAAGUUGCCCAUUGCAAAUCCUACUGAAACGAAUUAGAAUACUAAUCUGAUGUUCACUUGAAACAUUAACCUGUUAAAACAUUUCUGACAUUUUAAUUUUGUUUUGAAAUGAAUUUAGUACAAACUUAAAUGUUUAUUAUCUGAAGCACAUUUUAAAUCAUUGUGGGUUCUGGAUUUUUGUUUUAAGCAGUAGCUUUCAGAUGAACAAGUUUGGUUUGCAAAGGAAAUAUACAUUCCAGGGUUUUGUUAGCUCUGGCGUAGUGCAAGUACAAACCCACAGCAACUUCUGAGAAGAAUGCUGUAUUGUAAUACGGUUAAUUAAUGUAUUUGCCUUCCUCCCAAACACAUCAAUACAUACUUAUGUUGGCGUUAACAUAGUCUCUCUGAACCCCUGGUUUCUCACUUAAGGUAUGAUCCUGUAGAGUAAUGACAGUAUUCUAGCCAUAUGUACUUAAACAAACAAACUGAUAUCCUAAGAUACAAGGCACUAUACAGAAUAGGUCUAGGCAACUUGGCAUCCUCCAGAAAGUUUUGACUACAAAUCCUAUCAGAGACAGUGAACAUGGCUUAUAUAUGAGGUUAAUGAGAGUUGUAUCCCAAAACAUCAGAUGGAGUUGCUUAUAUCUCAUAUAGAUAGACAAGAGAUUUAAAAUAGGUUCCCUCUCAAGGAAAUUUGGGGAUACUAAUCAUGAGAAAAGGUGCAGAUGUGGACAAGGAGGCUCUUUAAAAAUGCUAAUUAAAAAAACAAUUCCCAGAAUUCCAUGGGGGAGAUCAGAACAAUUAAAGUGAUGUGAAACCAAUACAUUUUGGCAAAAGAGCUAUGACUGUGGUUUUACUGUCAGGUUCUCUCAUUCUCAGGGGUGUCCCCCAUUUGUUUUCAUAUCUGAAAGCCUUUUCACUACCCUUUACGGACUUUGCAAAGUCUUACACUCUGAACUUUGAAAACAUAGGGAUGGGCUUUAACUUACAUGGGUGUUCCCUUAUAAAUGAAGAACUUUUGUAACAUUUUGUUUAGCAAUUUAACUGUUUUCUAAAUAGUAGACAGGUUUUAUAAUAUAUGUCUGGGGGCUGGAACCCCUAUUUUUAUUUAAUAAUUUUACUGUAUUUAAAUUAUUCUUUGUAAAUCUCAGGUUUUGAAAGCUAAUAAAAUAUCACUGUUA